AUGCGCUUGUUGACCCUCGUUGCUGCUGUCUCUGUCAUCGUCAUCGCUGUCAGCCUCGAUAGGCAUCAGAUCAAGCAUCUCAUCGUGCAUUUGCACCACUCCAAAAUGGCCGCACAUCAAACCAGAUCAAGCAGACCGAUCCUGGUGGACCAGCUCAUCUUGUUCGGCGAUUCGAUCACACAGCAAUCGUUCAGGCCAGACGGCGGCUCGGGCGCCGCGCUUGCAGAUGUAUACCAGCGCAAAUUAGAUGUCAUCAACAGGGGCUAUUCUGGCUACAACACGGAAUGGGCGCUGCAUGUCAUGCCCCAUAUCUUCCCUCCAGCCCGGCUAGCAGGCGAGACACUGCCUCGUGUGCGAGCCCUGACGAUAUGGUUUGGUGCCAAUGACGCCGUCAAAUCCUUUCGCUCCCAGCAUGUAGAGCUUCCCAGAUUCAAGGAGAACCUGCAUACCUUUAUCGACCAUCUGCACGACCCGCAGUCGGCUGCUUACUCGCCUGCCACCGACAUCCUCCUCGUGAGCUGUCCGCCUAUCUCGGUCGUUCACCGGCGCGAGGACAUCAUUCGCCGAUUUGGGCCGGGCGAGCGCGAGGACGACAGAGAUCCGCGUGUGACUGCGCAGUAUGCACAGGCAGUACGAGAGGUCGCACUCGAAGCUCAGAGCCAGAAAAGAUCCGGUGGAUCCGGCAGCGUAGUCUAUGUCGACGUCUACGGCGAGAUCGAACGUCUGGCGCACGAGGCAGGCAACGGUGAUUCGCUGGCCGGCUAUCCAAAAUAUCUCAGCGAUGGCUUGCAUCUUACACCAGACGGCUACCGCGCUGUGUAUGCGCUCAUGAGCGCCGUCAUCGCCAGAGAGCUCCCCAGGCUGCAUCCGGACAAUUUGGAGCGCGUCUUUCCCGACUGGUCUGUGAUCGACCCUGACGACCCCGGCAGGUCCUUCGAGGAUCGCUUCGCAGUUCUCCGAGGCCUGAAGCGACAAGACGCCUGUACCACAUAG